AUGUCUUCGCCGGUGGUUGAUGCUGCAGAAGAUCAAGCAAAGUCCAAUUACUUCAAGGCUUUUUGGCUGCGAUGUGUACGAAACGUCUUCCCAGUAACUCCGGCGGCGACUGGUGGAAUGCGAUCGUCGGCGAAUGCUAGUGACCGUAAAUGGCGGAUUUCAGCGUCGAACAGCGUGUUCUCGAAGCCUCUCGCACUUGCGGUGGCGCGCAUCAAAUCGUAUUCAUCAGCCUCUUCUUUUCUAGCAAUAGCAAACUGGAGUAGCAGACUGCGGACCACGAAUCGGGAGAAGAUGAUCCUGGCGAUGCUGACACUGUUAUCUCAUAUGGCCUUCGUUGUUCUUUUGUUUGUUUUUGCAGCUGCAGCAGAAUCAUCUCCUCAGAGUCUGGCCUGGCCAGGCUGUCCAAAUACAUGUGGCGAUCUCACUGACAUUCCAUAUCCUUUCGGAAUCGGACACAAUUGCUUCUUGGAUCCCCGGUACGAGAUCGAUUGCCAAAGAGCCCGCGGCAUCUCUACUCCGGUACUUAAGAAUUUGAGUGUGGUGGUGUUAGAUAUCUCUCUACCAAGUAAUACAAAUACUCCAGGUCUCGUUACAGUCAGGCAGCCGAUAUCGUACUCCCAUCCUAAUUGUACACAACAAAAUGACACCCCAGUGAACUUAAGGGCCAGUAACAGCGUUUUCAAGUACUCCCAGAUUCAUAACUUUUUUGUUGCCGGAGGUUGUGAUAGCCUUGCCUUGAUGGCUGGCUCCGAUACCCCAUGGGCGGUCGUAGGAUGCAAGUCUUCCUGCCGCAAAAAUGGGACUCUCGGAUUCAACCAGUGCUCUAGUGGUAGUGGUUGCUGUAUGACUUCGAUCCCCGAUGGAAUCAGUGAAUACAAUGUGGAAUUCAAAACUCUCGAUGGUGAAACCAUAGCACCAGGGGAUGAAGAAUGCAGGUAUGCCUUCUUGGUCAAGAGAACAUCUUGGUAUCAAGCUAAUUUGCACAGUUUACCGCCAGAUGUUCCGGUGGUGCUCGAAUGGGCGAUCACUAAUUAUGAGCAUGAGUUGCUGGAUGACAACUCAGCCUCCUGCACUACGUACUCGACGCCUGGGGUUCCUAGUCUAACAUAUUGCUCUUGCAAUAACGGUUACAGAGGGAAUUUUUAUCUUCCUCAUGGAUGCCAAGAUAUCGAUGAGUGCAAAGAAUAUCCAAACCUCAACUGCAGAGGGAAGUGUGUGAAUCGACCGGGAUCAUAUGACUGCGUAGACAAUAAGAUCAUCGCCAUGAUAGGUAUGGGCACGAGUAUCGGAGCCAUACUGUUACUUUUGCUAUCUUGGUGGUUGUAUAAAUUCUUCAAAAGAAGACAUGAGACAAAGCUCAAGCAAAAAUUCUUCAAACGUAAUGGGGGACUUCUGUUGCAACAACGCCUAUCUUCUAUUGAAGACAAUCACAUGAAGAAAGGCAAGUUGUUUACCUCCAUGGAGUUAGACAUGGCUACAGACCACUUUAACGAGAAUCGAAUACUGGAUCAAGGUGGUCAAGGCACUGUUUAUAAAGGAAUGUUGAUAGAUGGAACAAUUAUUGCGGUCAAGAAAUCAAAAGUUGUUGAUGCAGGACAAGUCGAACAGUUCGUCAACGAAGUCGUUAUUCUCUCUGAAAUUAAUCACAGAAAUGUUGUCAAGAUAUUAGGAUUUUGUCUGGAGAGUGAAGUCCCUCUUUUGGUAUAUGAAUUUAUCGCCAAUGGAACUCUCUACCAAUAUCUUCAUGAUCCAGACAAAGAAUUUCCUGUCUCGUGGGAGACGCGGUUAAGAAUUGCCAAUGAAGUUGCUGGGGCUCUUUCGUAUUUGCACUUUGCUGCAGUCAUACCGGUUUAUCAUCGGGAUAUCAAGUCGUCAAAUAUACUUUUGGACGAAAAACAUCAAGCCAAAGUGGCAGAUUUUGGAGCUUCUAGAUCAAUUACCAUAGACCAAACUCACUUGACCACAACAGUGCAAGGAACCUUUGGAUACUUGGACCCGGAGUAUUACCAAACAAGUCAAUUCACGGACAAAAGUGAUGUGUAUAGUUUUGGGGUUGUCCUUGUCGAGCUACUAACCGGAGAAAAGCCAAUUUCUCAACUAAGGGCAGAAGAGGGCAGAAAUCUUGCCUCGUACUUCAUCAUUUCAAUGGAGGAGGAUCGCUUGUUCGAUGUUCUUGAUAAGGAGGUAUUAGACCAUGGCAAGAAAGAAGAAACUAUUGCGGUGUCUUGUUUGGCGAAAAGAUGCUUAAGCCUCAAUGGGAGGUACAGGCCUACGAUGAAGGAAGUGGCGACGGAAUUAGAGCGAGUACAAUCACUACGAAAUCUCACGGUCAUCCGGAAAAAUGAUGAAGAGAUCAAUUGCAUUAGAACUGGAUCUAUUCGUGCUUCGGGUGCGAUCCCUGCGUUGAUGCAACUGGAAGCAGAAGUGGAGCUGACUUCAAUGGAGGAGGAUCAGUCACUCCUAUUGCCGAGAUGAAGAUGCAUUUUGGUUGUCUCUGUCCAAUUUUCUGUGAUAUGAGACAUUGCAAUCUCUUUAUUUGCCUUUAUACGUGUGGAGGAGGAUCAGUCACUCCUAUUGCUGAGAUGAAGAUACAUUUGGUUCUCUGUCCAACUUUCUGUGAUAUGAGACAUCGCAAUCUCUUUAUGUGCCUUUACACGUCAGUUGCAGAAUAAUGUUGAUAACCCUAAGAAGUGCUUAGAAAAAUUCACGCUCCCUGUUGAUAUACUCUUUGUAUGUCGAGUAUCAUUGAAGACUAUAGUGUCUCUUCUUGAGGUCUUGUUAGCCUGCUUUAGCUUUUCACAGGGGUUUACUAUUGGGGAUAUUUCAUCAGUUUUAGCCAACUACCUGUCUUUUGUUGCGCAUACAGGAGAUGAAAAAGUAAC